GGAGUCUGCAUAUAGCAAUGAGUCUACAGCAGCUAUGCUGUUGCAUAACUUAUUCCUAAAACUGGAUGAGCAUUUAGAGCGCGUUUCCCAGGAGAAGAAUCUCCUUUUGAUACAUAACCUAAAGAAAGUCAGGAAAAUUCUUCAGGCAAAAUAUCAAAGUAACCCUCUACAUAUAGCACUGGUUAUUUCAAACUGUUUAAGAGAAGAAAGAAGAGUAUUGGCUUCAGCAAGUAUGCCAGUUCAGGGACCACUAGAAAAGUCACUACAAAGCUACUUGGGUUCAGAAAGGCAAAGAAAAAUCGAGCUCAAGGGUUCUGAAAUUAAGAACAGUACACAGCUAACAGAACAAGACGUCAAAUAUCUAGAAGACUUGCAAGAGGAGUUUGACUUCAGAUUUAAAACUAUGUGCAACAUAGGAAGUUCUCAGUAAAAUGGCACAAAUAGUAAAGGAGGUUGAUGCCUUGGUGAAUAACAUAUUAAUAGAAGAGUUAUUGGACUGGAAGAGACGGCAACAAAUCGCUUGCAUUGGAGGCCCUCUCCACAGUGGGCUUGAUCAGCUGCAAAACUGUUUCACACUGUUGGCUGACAGUCUUUUUCAACUAAGAAGGCAGCUGGAGAAGCUGAAUGAACUUUUGAUAAAACUCACCUACGAAGGAGACCCCAUUCCUUUACAAACACCUCAUUUGUCGGAAAUAAUAAAUGCUUUAAUUUGCAGUCUUUUCCAAAGUUCAUUUAUAGUGGAGAGACAGCCUUCCAUGCCAACUCAUCCUCAGAGACCUUUGGUUCUUAAAACGAUGAUACAGUUUACCGUUAAACUUCGGAAUGCCUGUACUAUAAGCAACCGCAGAUUUGUUCUGUGUGGGACUCAUAUAAAAGCAAUGAACAUGGAUGAGUCUGCAAACGGGAACCUUUCAGUGGAAUUUCGACAUUUGCAGCCAAAAGAAAUGAAAGCAAGUGGCGCAAACAAAGGAAAUGAGAUUUCCCAAAUGGUAACUGAAGAACUACAUUCAAUCACUUUUGAAACACAGAUCUGCUUAUGUGGGCUGACUAUAGAUUUGGAAGUAAGUGUUUUUGAACCAGGCUGA